CUAUUGGUUACUUGGUCAACUUACUGGGCCGGUAUUGGAAAUAAAUCGUGUGAAUUAAAAUACGGGGCGUGUCAGCAGUAGAAGUAAGAAGGGAUAUGUUGUGAGUAGAACAAAGAGUUGAAGAUGUCUUUCUGCAAAGAGCAGGCAGCUAUCAGCAGGGUGAUGGCUUUCCUCCAGGACUGGGACCACGGGAGCAAGGCGGUCCGCAGCCAGAUGCUGUCCGAUUUUAUAAACCAGCACAGCGGUAAAACCGGCCCGGAGUUGGAGCUGGAGUUUGCACAGGCUGCUAGCCUGUUUUUGGCCAGACUAACAUCCUGGCUAAGACUGACAUACAUGACCGGUACAUAUUUAGACCAGCAAUUAAAGGCUAUAGGUGUUUUUCUUUCUGCAGCAAGCAACCAUCACUUCCUGAUUGAGUUUUUGGAAGUUGGAGGUGUUUUAACCCUGUUAGAGAUCUUAGGACAGAAGCAGUCAAAAGAGGAGGUACAAGCGGAAGCUUUAAAGUUACUUCAAACUGUUGCCAACGCUGGGAGGAAGUACAAAGAGCUCAUUUGUGAAAGCUAUGGUGUGCGAGUCAUUGCUGAAUGCUUAGCCCUUUCGAAGACUGAGGAAACCCAGGACCAGGCCCGCUUCCUUCUGGAGUCACUGGUCCAUGGAAACCCCAAGUACCAGAACCAGGUGUACAAGGGGUUAAUAGCACUGCUACCAUGCACCUCCCCCAAAGCACAGCAGCUGGCCCUGCAAACACUACGGAUUGCACAGGUAAUUGUAAAGACAGCCCAUCCAAGUAUUGUGGAACCUCUUCUGAAUUUGCUGAGAUCAUUGCACCUUGAAGUGCAAUAUGAAGCAAUUGAGCUGAUCAGAGAGCUGAUGCACUAUGAAGUAAGACCAGCAUUGCUAAAAGGCCUCGUUGCUUUGCUCAAGCCACCCAGAGAGGGAAUUAACAAACCUCAAAUUCUGAAUGUUCCAGUAAUGCAGAAACUGAAUGAAUCCCUGCCAGUGUUUGUUCAGCAAGCAGCUGCAGCGAAGGCCAUUGGGAUCUUGGCGAGGGAGUCGCCUGAGUUCAUGGAGGAGCUAGUCAACCUGAGAGUAGUGCACCACCUGCUAUGUGCCAUGGGCAACCAGGACCACGCAGACAGCCAGCGUGAAGCCAGCUUGGCCCUGGAGUAUUUUGUCCGCGUCUUUCCUGUUGUGGAGGAGCAUGUGAAGAAAGCAAUGGGAGAAAGCCUUUUUGAGCUCUUCCUGGACAAUUCUGAGGUUUUAUAUAUGAAGAUGGAUGUAAUUCAAGCAGAUAUUCUGGCUUCAAACAGAAUCAACAUUACUGGAGUUCAUGAAGUCUCUGAAUGAUGUCACUGUCAAUAUAGUGGAAGAGUAUACACAUUUAAAAGUUUUUUAUUGUUAAUACGUUUGUAUGUAUUGUUUUGAAUGGUUUUGGUUGAAUGUUUAACCACAUAUAUUUAAAAAAAAAUAAGUUAUUUAUUUUGUUGUUGUUUUUGUAAUGUGACCUAUAAUAAGUUAAAUUCAAGAACCAACAUUUGAAACAUAUUACAGUAAAAACAAAGCAUUAUUGUAUUACAGAAUACAAUUGUAUUAACAAUUACAGAAUUUUUUCUUGGUACAGUAAUUAACUGCUGACCAUCUGUUAUUCAAUACCAUUAAAAAAAAAAAAAAAAACAUGUAUGAGUUUGAUAUUGGAAGCACACAAUUUAAAACCCUUGUUAAAAUAAAUGAAUUCUAGUCGUUGUAAGGAACAGUAUUCAGUACAUUUGCUGUAGUUAUGGUUGUUUUGGUGUAUUUCUGUUUCUCUGAUUGCAGAUGCAGAAAUCCUGAAAUAUAUUGCAGGUGUGGCUUCAUCAACAUAGCUGUUGUUACAUACUUGCAUUUACUAUGGCCAAUUGUAUUAAAGUAAUGUAUGAUCCAAGGUGUGAAACUCAAGUUGAUCCUACAUUGUGCUUGUAUGUUUCAGUCUAGUU